GGCAUCGUCCACCGUGACCUCAAGCCCGAGAACCUGCUGCUCACCUCCCAGCACGACGACGCCAACGUCAAGCUCGCCGACUUCGGCUUCGCCCGCAGCAUCAUGGGCGGCUUCGUGUCGACGCAGUGCGGGACCCCCGGCUACGUGGCUCCCGAGAUCCUCCGGGCGGAGUCGUACGGCACUUCCGUGGACAUGUGGAGCAUCGGCGUGAUCGUCUACAUCCUCCUGGGCGGCUACCCUCCCUUCCACGACGAGAACCAGACGAGGCUCUUCCGGAAAAUCAAGGCCGGCAACUUCAAGUUCCACCCGGAGUACUGGCAAUCCAUCUCUAACGAAGCCAAGGACCUCAUCCGCAGGCUGCUCACGGUGGACCCAAAAAAGAGACUCACCGCCGCCCAGGCGGUCACCCACCCGUGGCUGCUCAGCAAGGACGCCGACCUCCUCAAGCACAACCUCGGGGUUAACCUGGAGCAGCUCAGGCUCUUCAACGCCCGCCGCAAGCUGCGCGCGGCGAUCAAGUCGGUAUUGGCGACGCAGAUGAUGGCCGGCAAGUUCGGCAUCGAGGCGCUGUAAACGUGGACUUGUUGUCUUGGUGCUUGAACUGGCCGGAUUCUACACAUGGGGGGUGGAUGGAUAGAUGGAGAGCGAUACGGUUCGGAGCAUCAAUCCUGAUCGAUGACGGGAGGUGGAUAGGCGCCUUGGCUGGCGGGGCACGUGUGUAAGGGGGUACUGUUCUUCCACACACACACACACACACACACACCUCUCGAGUGUCUUCCAUCCGCCGUCCGCCCCCCCCCCCCCCCCCGGGGC